AUGGCGACAGCGGCGUCCCAAGGGCCGAGGCCCGGCUCCUCGAGGGCGGAGGGAAGCGGCCCCCCGCGGGCGGUGCCCAGUCUGUCAGCCCUUUGGACCCGGGCGGGCCACACACGAGCAUCGCUGGGCAGCGCAGGCGGCGUCGGGCUUCCAGAGUACACGGGCUGCGGAGAGCGCGAGGGCGGCGGGAACCGGGUGCGGCCGGUGACGUCACGGCCCGCGGUAACCGGCUCCCAAGGCGGCGCCCCGCCCCCGGCUGAGCCCGCGCCUCCGCCAGCCUGCUGCUUCGGCGUCCGCUGCCGCCAGCCCCACCCGGGGGCUCCGGUGCCGGCGGGGCCUUGCCGUGGAGCCGAGGCCAGUGCCGGGGGCAAGAAGCCGCCGCUGUGCACGGCCGGGGCCGUCCUCCAGCACAGCCGCUGGGACCCGCGCCUCGACCCGGCCGGCUUCUCGGUAGGCUACGCCGACCGCUUCCUGGCGUGCGCGAGGAGCCCUUGGGCCCUUUGCUGGGACGAGCCGUUGGCGGCGCUCGUGCGCUACUUCCGCUUUCGCGGCCGCACCGUGUGGGACCCCGCCUCACGCACUGGUCUGGUCACCGGCUCGGGCUUGGCGGCGAGCACGCUCAGGGCGGCGGGGGCGCGCACGAUGGUUAGGACGCUCGGGACGGCGGCGAGAUCGCUCAAGACGGGGAGGGUGCUCAGGACAGCGAGGACGCGCACGGCGGCGGCGAGGACGCGCAUAGCGGUGGGGACGCGUUCGAAGGCGUGGCCGCCCCUCCCGCUGGCACCAGAACCGAACUCCUAGCACCGGACUGGCCUGGGCCGGAAGCCAGGGAGCGGGAUAGGGCCGGAGGCCAGGCGUCCCCCUGAACAGAGCUGGGAAGGGUGUUGCAGCCGGCCGCCCCUGGAGGAGCCGCGGGGGGUGGGAAGACUUGGUAGCAGCCCUGGCACGGUCCCCUGAAGGGUUUCCCUGACCCUAGCCCUCGGAAGGCAGAAAAGUCACAGGAGCCAGGGGCACACCA